AUGCGAAUAUUGAUGCUGGGGUUGGAUGCGGCCGGAAAGACGAGUUUGAAUCAUUGGAUCGACUUUAUAUUUUUUUAAUUUUAAGCGAUUCUCUACAAAUUAAAAGCUCGGCCAAUCUGUGACAACGAUUCCAACGGUUGGUUUUCAAUGUGGAGACCGUCACGUACAAAAAAAUAUCAAAUUUAACGUUUGGGUUCGUUUUUUUCUAAUUUUUUUCUAUGAUUAAAUUUUGAAUUUAGGACGUUGGCGGACAGGAUAAGAUCCGGCCAUUGUGGCGUCAUUAUUAUACGGGAACCCAGGCCCUGAUUUUCGUCAUGGAUGCUGCGGAUAGAGAUCGGUUCGAAUUGAAUGAUUGAAAGUUGGAAUGUUUAAUGAUAUUUUUGCAGGGUAGACGAGGCUCGCGUUGAGCUGCAUAGGAUUAUCAAUGAUAGGGAGAUGAAGGACGCAAUCAUACUGGUUUUCGCCAAUAAACAGGAUCUUGCUGAUGGUUCGAAUGAAAAAUAAUAAAUUUUUGUAAUAAUUGAAAUAAUUUUUCAGCAAUGAAGCCGCACGAAAUACAGGAUAAACUCGGUUUGACGCGGAUUCGCGACAGAAAUUGGUCAGUUUUUUUCGAAGUUUUUAGAAACGAUUUUUUUCAUUAAUUUUAACUUCAACUUGGAGGUAUCCUUAUCAAACUACUUAGAAAACAAAAAUUAAAAAGGAAAUUUGGGGUUUUUACAGUGCAGAAAAAAAUUUGUUUGGUUUUUUGAUUUUUUUACUUUCAUGGAACUAUAGUUUUAUUAAUUUCACGGAGUUUGGGGAAAAAAAUUAUCAAAAAAAGCUUCAACCGUCAUGUGCCUUUAAUAGCGAAAAAAAAUUUUUUUCAUUUUCGAAAAUUAUUUUACCGUGAUAUUUUUUUGUUUGUUAUUGAAGCCAUUUGAAACAUUAACUUUUUGAGAAAUAUAUCCUUUUUUUCUAUUGAAAAAAAUGAACUUAUGAUUUUUUUUUUUAUAAAAAGUCCUCAAACAUUGUUUCCUCUUGUAGAAAUUUUUUUGAAAUUUUUUUGAUUUUUUCUCAAAUAGAAAACCAAAAAUUCGGUAAUUUUUCUUAGCUUGUAUUCUCAAAGUUUCACCUUUUUUGUAACCUUCAGUACCAAAUCCAAGGUUCCGAUCCUCAAUCCGUGAACUCUGAAUGAAUAAUAUCUCUUCUCUUGUCUCGAAAAAGCCGCCUUCUCAUUGAUUUUCAUUGCACCUGCUGCGACGCCAUAAAAAAAGCUUGAUGAAUUUUUUUUCUUCAAGAAACGGACAUUGGCUUUUUCUUUUCUCGACUAUAGUCGCGAAUGACGGAUUGAGAACGGAUUAAAAGUGGGAUUUAUUGAAAGUUUCGGAGUUCAAGAUUAGAGAAGCUACUUUUUUUGUAUUUGAAUCAUAAGGUUUUUGUCUAAAUCCGCCUAUUAUUGAAGAAGGAAAAUUAGAAGUGAAACUGUAAGAUUUUUUCUAAAUUCAAUAGCAAAAUCACAUUAGAAGUUGAAAAAAAAGCCGAAAUCAUAGUUUUUCAUCAUGAAUUUUUUUGUAGUUUAGCAAUAUAUUUGUAUACUCAAUGAGUUUUGAAACAGUUUUCGGAACCGUUUUGUGAGAAACGAAUUUUGAAGUUUUUGGGCUUAUAAUAAAAAAUUUUUAGGUUAUUUUUUAAAGUACGAUACUUGUGUUUAUUAUUUUUCCAGUGGUUGAUUAAAAAAAUGUUGAUUUUUUUGAGGAGAAGUUUCAAAUAUUAGAAUACUUGAAAGUUCGAAGAUUUUUUUUUGAAAGAGUGAUUUUAUUAUUUCUGAAACGUAUGAACGCGGUUUCGGUCAUUGUUUCAGGACCCUUUUUUUAGUUUUCAAGCCAAAAAUUGAAAAUAUUGCGAUUUUCGGGUUUGUUUCACUAUGAAAUGAUACAAUAGAUAUAACCGAAAACUAAUUAUAUAAAAGUAGAAUUUAUCACCAAGGUUCAUGCGAUAAAAAAAUGUUGGCCCUCCUCAAUUUUUAGCUUGGGAAUGAAAUAUAAAUCGAUAAAUGUAAACGCUCAUUUUCUAAUAGAGCCCUCAUUCUGUCACUUUAAAAAUUUUUCUGAUUUUUUUCAACUUGAUAAAUAUUUUUUUAGGUACGUUCAACCAUCGUGUGCAGCCACGGGCGACGGUUUACAUGAAGGUCUAACAUGGCUCAGUCAAAACUGUAAACCUUGA